AUGGAUAUUCUACGAUGCAGUAGUGACAAAGUUAUUAGAAGUAAAUCCACAGUCAAAGCCAGCAGAGGUGAAGUGGGAGUGACGAGAGCAGCAAUAAUGGAGAUCGUAGAUCCGUGUAAGCGUCAACCGUUUCGUGGUAGAUGUCCGUCAAAAAACGGUGAAAGCCCAAAACGGUCACAAUUCGUCCUACGCUAUUAUAUGCGUAAUGGCGAAUGUGUCAGUUAUCCGUACGGCCACUGCCCUAACGAUGGAUCGGAAAUACAGUUGUACCGAUACAAGGAGGAAUGUGAGGAUGCUUGUAUAAAUCCUCCUCCAGCGAAUCUCGGUUCUCCAAAAGAUGAACUGGAUCAAACCUACGGUACAGUAGCUCCAAUCGGUAACGAGCUGCGAAAUGUUGAAGUGAAGGAUCUGGCCGCUACCGAACCGACCACAACACAGGUCUUCACAACAGCAACAUUAGACGCGAUACGAAGAGAGGAACCAGUCAAAAUCACAAAUCCACCAAAAAAUCCCACCACCAGAGAGAUUACUACAACGAUUGCAUCAUCGACCACCAGCACAGAACAAUCUAAAACAAUAUCCACAACAACCCCCUUAAUCACAACGGAAGAUUCUCCCUCACCUACCACAACUACUGAAGAAUUCAGUAGAACGACAACAACAACUAACACUCCGGUUACGGUACCAGAAGCUACAACAACGACAACGUCAGCACCAAGCACAACCUAUAGAUCGUCCACCACAUCUGCAUCCGAUCCACCUACACCCACCACGACGACAACAACAGCAACACUAUCCACAAAAUACGGCACUACUAUUACUACCACUACUAGAAGAAUCACUGCAUCCCCUUCUACCGCAUACACCCCUGAACAAACGUCUAUCGUUCAGGCUUUUACUACUAGCACAACUGUGACGACACCUCAAACACCGGCAACGGUCGCUCCGAGGACAGAAUGUGAACGACGCCGUGUUAGCGCUUCCUCAUCGUCAAUACGUGGAGCCUUUGUGCCCACCUGUGAUCCACAAGGUGCAUUCGAAAAAGUACAAUGUGAGCCUGAUGGUCGCCAAUGUUUCUGUGUUGAUUUACGAGGAAUCGAAAUACCACUUAGUCGCACACGUAACGGACAAAAACCGAAUUGUGAUGAAAUACAGUCCGCACCUGUUCCAAAAACGAAGGAAUGCGUAGGAACAGCUUCACGAGGUCCGUGUUCUGCAUCUUUGAAUAGAUGGUACUAUGAUGAACAAGAAGCAAAGUGUAGGAGAUUUGUGUACUCUGGCUGUGGUGGAAAUGGUAACAACUAUGAGACGGAGGACUCUUGCUCUCAAAGAUGCGCCCCACCACCAAUGGGAUUGCCAAAAUGUGAAAAGGGUGAACCAUUAAAGAGCAAGUUGGGCGUCACAGUGAAUUGUGCGAAAUCGGAUUGUCCAUCCGGAUAUACAUGCAGCAUAGUGCAGCAGACUAGUGUUUGUUGCCCGGAGAAAAAUAGUAUAUCUGGUCAGCUAACCUCUAAUUCGAGCGAUAUUUGUUCAAUGCCUAAGGAACGUGGUCCUUGUGACAAGUAUGAACUACGAUUCUAUUUCAAUGCAGAAGUCAAGGAAUGCAAAUAUUUCUUCUGGGGAGGUUGUGAAGGGAAUGGAAACAAUUUUGAGAACGUGGAAGAAUGUGAAUCUGCAUGCGGCAUAGUUAAAGUGAAAGAGAAUCAUUUGAUGAGUACCCGUCCGCCGACUACCAGCAAUCGACAACCAUCUUUCAGAACUACUCAAGGGAUCCGAAUCAAUCUUGGCAGUGGAUCUCGGAAUGAGGAAAGUGCUACAUCGGAGAGCUCCACCGCACCCGUAUCCGAGACUGUACCAGCUGCUGUUGUCUCUGUCGCUACACCCCCCUCCCGUUUCGAACCAAUGCAUCUUCCUAAGCAUCCUUCUUCAUCCUUCUCUAUCCAUUCUUCAUCCGAAAAGAACGGAACCACUACAGCUGCAUCAUCGGUCCAUGUGGCGCCAACUCGUGCACCAUCUAUUCCGCAGAUGGCACUGCUGGAAGGUAGUGAGGAAAACCAGGCUGACGGCGUGAACCGCUGUCUCCAUCCAAAGGAUCCUGGAAACUGUCGCGGUCAAUUCAUUCGCUGGUAUUGGGAUAAUGAACGAAAGUUAUGCGAUGUCUUCACUUACACUGGAUGCCAAGGAAACGGAAACAACUAUGCCAGCCGUGAAGAAUGUUUAGCAAUCUGUCAUAAGGAAGCUGCUCCUGUUGUCGAAAGUGACUUCUCUAACGUCUGCAAGCACGACGUAGAUGCAGGAGAAUGCAAUGGAGUCUUCCAGCGAUUCGCUUUCGACACUGAGUCUGGCGAGUGCCGUCCUUUCACAUACGGAGGUUGUGGCGGCAAUGGGAAUAACUUUGCCACCUUGGCCGAAUGUCGGAUCAAGUGCCAAAAAGUUGCACUUUCACCCGGCAAUCUAUGUGAGCACGAUAUUGAAGUUGGUGAAUGUAGUGGAGUGUUUGUGAGAUUCGGUUACGAUCAUUCCUCCAAUGACUGCAGGCAGUUCACCUACGGAGGAUGUGGAGGAAACGGUAACAACUUUGCAACAAUCCAAGAAUGUCGAAAUGUUUGUGUGAAGAAGGUCUGUAAUCCAAAUCCACAAUGUGAUUUGGCUCGUUGCCAGAUAGUCAAUGAUCGUAACGGUUGCCCAUUCUGUAGCUGUCCACCGAUCGAUCAACCAGCUCCGCCAGGAUCCGAUGCUCCUCAGUGCCCAGAAGUUGACGUUGAUAAGUGCAAGGAUCCAUGUCUUGUGAUCAACAAUCGUAAAGGAUGCAAGGACUGCGUUUGUCCAAGUCUGCCGACUUCGGGACGAGUUCUACCUCCAGGACAAGAGACAGCGCGGCAAACGGUUACACCACCGCAAUCAACGCAGACAUCACAGUUAAGCAGUGGUUCACCGCGUCCGCCUGCUACGCCUACUAAUGUGGGUCCUCCAGCAGGUCCCACCACUACACGUGUUGCUCCACCGGGCACAGGAAGCAAUCGUGUUCUCAACAGACAAGAAGCCGUGCUAACUGUUCUUUCUUCGCAAACAAAACAGAUUGAAAUUGAUUCGAAGCAGCUCUUGCCUCCUCCACUCUCAGCUCAACUACAAGAGAAAUGCAUGCAACCUGUGGAACCCGGACCGUGCAAACACUUUGUGGAUCGUUGGUUUUUCAAGGCCGAAGACGGCACUUGUCACCCGUUCAAGUACGGUGGAUGUGCCGGGAAUCGCAACCACUUUUUCACUCAGAACGAAUGCGAAAUACAUUGCGCUCGUUUCUUACAUCAAAUGACUGUACCUAGUCAUCCUUUGCAUGUGCAUGAGACUGAGCUUGCCAUCACGGAUCCAUUGCUGUCAUCACGGCACAUAUUCGGGCCUCAGGUGGAUUCGGAACCCCACCACAAUCCACCUGAUCUUCAGAGAGAACCGAAGCAGUUUAUUAAGGAUUCACCACUUCAAGGUGUAACAGCACCGCCACCGCCACUUCAAUCCAACAAUAGGAACCUUGGAAGAAGUGAAUCUUCUCCGACAAAUAGCCGAUCUCAGCCGCUUCCUGCGCUAACAACCGACAAAUUACCGUUUGAUCUUCCUCAUAGUGUACGAGCACAUGCAGCUUCUGGAGUUAAUUUCGAGAAGAAGUCUAAAAUAGCCUCAACUACAUACUAUCCGGAAACGUAUGAGGUCUGGGGAAUUGAUUUGAAUCGCCAUCAAGGGUCAGUCGUUGAGUCGAAGCAGCGGAAACAAACUCCAGAAUCACAACCAUCUUCCACUAACUCUAGGGCAUUUUCUGCUCAAAACGUUCAAAUCGCUACGGAUAGGAAAAAUCUUGUGCUUGAUGUUGUUCAACCGCCGGUUUACACUGAUAAACAGCAGUCAGAGGCCACUAAUCUGCAAUCAACUCUUACAGUACCCAAGAGGCCUUAUUAUCAUCGUAAGCCAACAACGGAGAUGAGCGAUGCCCAAAAAACCAACUUGGCCUCAUCUCAACCUCGAUCUUCACCGGAAUCUGGUACUUCAGGAGCUACUCAACGCAUAGUUUUCCAGCCUGAUUCGAGGCGCCCGGAAUUCCCGCUGAAAAUUACCGAGCCGACACCCACAAAUAAUUUGGGGAUGGUGCAUUCCCAAAAUUCAGAAGGUUCAGUUAGAUCAGGAACUGCUCAGGGUGCAAAUAUGCACCACAGAUUCCACGCUUCUCCAUAUUCGAAAUCCGAGAAUACUUUGAGAAUUAGUGGAGCGACUACGGAUUCAACCACAGUACAGCCUCGCCAUCAUACCGAGUCUAUUAGAUCCAGUUCUGCUCCUCACAUAGCAUUCAGAGGAAAAUCCCAGCUUUCUACUGGAUCAGGGCUUGAGGAAGUCCCUUUGAAAACUCUUAAAGCUUUACCUGCUGAUGCUCAUCUUCUUCCAGAAAAUGUUCAAGAACCCCGUAACCACAUACUGCAGGAGGAACUGAGAGCAAAUGCUGAGGAUCUCAAUCCGAGAACUGUUGAGAAAUUAGCUAAAACAGCUCCACGUCAAUUUUCUACAGCAACUCAUCCACGAUCCUACACUAUGAACUCCAUAAACGCGUACAAUCCACAGCAGAACAACAAUUUGGCUGGUCUAUCGCCACCAGUUGAUCCCACUUAUUUUACAUACAACUCACAAAACUUAGGAUCGAAUCAUAAUCGUCAAUUAGCAGUAAACACUGUGCCAUUUGACAAGCAAUUACCUCUCGAAGGAAGUAAGUGGAUUCAGCAAAACAACAUGCCACAGGCUCGAGCAAUGGCUCCACAGAUGUUCUCCUUCUUGGUUCCAGACCAGUCAAGGUUCCAGCAGAAUCCAUCCAUGCUGAAACAAGAGGUGUUCUUAGAACAACACCAACAACCGAGCAGCGCAUUGCGAGCUUCUGUGGUAAAUCCAGUGCAGCUACGAUCUGAAGCAAAAGAGAACGUACACACACAGUCGUCAUCUGGUCAGGAAAAUAAGUAUUCUUCAGAGAUACCUGGUCAAUGGUCCGGAGUAGGAGUAAACCGCGCUUCUGUUGUUCCGCCACAAUUUGGACGACAAGGUGGUGACGUUCGGACUACAUCAACAUCACAAAACUCACUUGCAACUGCUCAGCGGCCUGAUCAAGUUAGACGCGUUGACCCAUCGUUUAACAAAGAUCUACAAGCAACUAGAUCAGCUGUUCAUCAGGAUAAUCCACGAUUCCCUACUUCACAUUUUGAGAAAACGAUGGUUUCUCAGACGGAAGGCAUCUCUUCACUACCUCGAAAUAGCGCUACUCAAAUUGUCCAUGAUCGAAGAGGAACUGCUUCAAAUCAACAAACGCAGUCUUCCUCAGUGCAACAAAAUGCCGCGAAACAGACAGGCUUUGUUCGUGGCGAGAACACUUCCAACAUUCAGGAUCAGCAGCGCGUGAAACACCUCCAACAGCCACCCACACAUGUCCAAGACGAGGCAACAAGACAGAGUCAUGCUUUGCGGGCUAGUGCUGUAUCAUCAGAGCACCCAAGUCUACAAUAUUCCUCUACUGUGAAGUACACGCAAUCAGAAAAACACGUACCUCAUGCUAAGGAAGAAUCUCAUUCCACUCCACGUACUGAAUUCCCAAAGAGGUACAUUGAAAAUAACCAAAUGGUUGUGACCCUAACAGGAAAAACACUGUCACGUGUUGAAGAGGAGAUCGCGAAAACACGGGCUGAAUGGAUCGAUUCUGAUGUCCCGAAGAAAGAAGUUGCGACCACUCGUACUCGGGAAGUGAUUGUACCGGUUCUGAUAGAGGAGAACGAGGAGAUCGGCGCUGGUUUAGAUCGCAGCAAAUUCAUUUUCUACAAUGGCGAUUAUUAUGCGCCAACUAUUCCAGGAGUACGUGUACCCAGACCAGAUCUUGCUUCGUCAACUCAUAAACUUCCUGUAGAUAACGGCCCUACUGAGGAGAUGUUCCGCGAAUUCCAGCAACGCUCGAGGGAAUUCCAAAAUGCAGUUCCGUUUGUGAAUGCGGCGAGAUCGGCAAUUGAAGCACGCAGAAAAGAAACAGACACCGCACCUGUAGAUAUCAUGGACAAAACUGUUUACUUGAAGCAAGAAGCAUCCAUAGUUAAUGCUCCACCAGUGCGGGUUCCCGACAAGAAACCACGUAAGCUUCAAGAACUAUCAGAACAUUUCACUUACAAUGAUAACGAUAACGAUUAUCCUGUUUUUCUACGUGCACCACCACCUAAUAGCACUGGCACUCCACGCUCACAACAAACGCCUAAGCACACUAGCUUCAUUCAGCACUUAAUGUAUGACAAUUUCCUCUACCAUAUGCAAGUUGCUAAUAACACUUUCACUGACUCAAACACUAACGAUCGUAGGCAAGACGAUCAUAGUCCUAAUUUUUCCGAUCGAUCGAUUAAUAUUAAGCCUAUUGGCACCAUUACAGGUGUAGUUUCCGAUGAUGGUGAAGAAGACGAAGAAGUUGGAGUAGUUGAAGAAGUACCUCGUCGUGCUGCAGGUGUCACUCAAGUUCGACCAAAGGAACCUAUCAAAGUCGACUCUCAAUCACCAACACCAUUUCUUCGGGAAAUAUCUUCUCACAGUCAUUCAGCCCAUGGUAAGAAAAUCGCAAGCGUACCUGUCAUACCAGUCGAAGGCAUGUUGAGCACUGCAAGCACGGAGGUCACUCAAGAGGAAGCGCAUGAGCAAAAUGCUAUGGGGAAAACAAUUCGCCCGCAGACAAUUACUGGUCAGCGCGUCAGCAGAACCACUCAGCGUAGCACCCAGGGGAGCACAGAAGCACGUUCUGCCACCACCACCACCACUUUUACACCCACCACCAAAACAACCACAACCACUAGCACAUCCACCACCAUCACUGAAGAUGCAACCACUAGUACUAGCACAGAUGAGUCAACAAUAGCGAGCUUAGAUGGGUCGUUGAACACUUCGUCGAACACUAAAGAAACGUCCCAUAGUAUUGCUGAAAGCCACACUUCCGAGACUCCUUCAACACGGAUGUUUAAGAAUCGAGAACCCAGCUCUAAUACAUCCAUACAAUUCACCCCUUUCGCUGAACAGGAAGAAGUCACUGCUCCUGUUUCCGCAGACGAUUCUUCCGACGAUGAAGAGAUGUCGAUUGACGAAGAAAGUGAGGCACACUCCACCGAUUCACCGUCUUCCACUCUCUCUAGCUUCUCCGUUUCGUCUGAUGUAACAGAUGAUCUACCGACCGCCAGUACAACACCGAUGGACUCGUUAGAAAAUGCUGUCCAUAGCAUAAGUGAUUCCACCACUGCACCUUCAGUGUCGGGCAUAUCGUCUUUUACUAGGGUUCCCGACAUCACUGAAACACCUGGAUCUGUCGACCUCUCUACCAUUCUUUCCACGCCUGCACAAUCUUCUGUAAGUUCGAGCGCCAGUAAUGAGAUAAGCACAAGUGUUGAGGAGAUUCCACUCACUGCGAGCACAAAUCCAUUCACCGAGGUGGUGACUACAGAAACCGAAGUGACCAGAACCUUCCCAACAACAACCACUGUCACCGCCGAAGUUACGACGACUGUUACAGCUAAGCCUGGAUUAAAGAAACCAAACAAUAUUCUCGUGGAUCCUUUAGAAAUCAGCUUCAGCAAUGAUGGACAUCCAAAAGAAGAGCUCAGAAGAACUUCAGAAGUCAGCUUCAGCAAUGAUGGACAUCCGAAAGAAGAGCUCAGAAGAACUUCAGAAAUCAGUUUCGGCAAUGAAGGACAUCCGAAAGAAGAGCUCAGAAGAACUUCAGAAAUCAGUUUCGGCAAUGAAGGACAUCCGAAAGAAGAGCUCAGAAGAACUUCAGAAAUCAGUUUCGGCAAUGAAGGACAUCCGAAAGAAGAGCUCAGAAAAACUUCAGAAAUCAGUUUCAGCAAUGAUAGAUAUCUAAAAGAAGAGCCCAAAAAAACAGAAAUUGUAGAUCCGUCUAGCCCGUUAUCAGCACCACCACAAACUGAACGUCGACCCUUACCUAAACCCACGACGAACACGGUCAUUGACUCACGCACUCAAACUUUGAGGAAAAUUGAAAUCCUACCAAAAGCGAUAAGCCACACUGUUGUACCCACCACUGUCAAAGUCACUGUCGAAUCCACAACAUUCGUGUCCGCACCGGUGAGCACUAGUGCACUUAAUGAAAAGAACGUCAAAAAUUUAGAAGAAAUUGAAAAUUCUGCUUCGUCUUGGGAUGAAAGUGCCUCUGAAGAAAUACAUGGAUAUCCUGUGGGACGAGAACCUGUUCCGUCGUCUCCGACUGGAAUUGGUCGAAACAUGGCAAAUCUUAACAUUGAUGGUCUAGAAGAGCCUACUACGGUUAUUCCGCAAACAGCAAAACCUACAACAACGGCAACAACAACAACCGUUUCCACAACACAAUCAACAACAACAACAACAACAACUGCUACUACUACUAGACCGAUUCGCUUAAGUACAACUACAGAAGCUAGUACUGUAGCGAUCGAGACGACUACUGAAAAGAGACGGGAUGAAACGACUGCUCAGUCGUACAACACCGUUCCAGCGCAGCACAACACUGUUCCAACAAUCACUACAACAGAAACCGCCACAACAAGUACACCUCUUGUCAUCACUGCCAGAGUAACAGCGCCUCCAAUGACUACUAGAGUAUCAGCCCUUGAGAGGAUCACUUCUAACUCCCAAGUAGUGUGCACUCUGCCACCUGAUGCUGGAACAUGUUUUGAGUAUGUACCUAGAUGGUUUUUCAACGCUCAUUCUGGUCAAUGUGAACAAUUCUCGUACGGAUCAUGCGGCGGCAACGAGAACAAUUUUAUGGAUCGUGCUUCUUGUGAGCUUAAGUGCUUGCAAGCCAAUAAUGCUAUUCUGUCCCACGUUCCCGAUCGAUGCGCCUAUGAAAAGAACUCAGGAUUUGGUGACGGUUACAACGUGAAAUGGUACUUCAAUAUGCGCAACCUCCGCUGCGAGCAGUUCGUCUAUGAAGGAAAGGGCGGCAACGAGAAUCAGUUCGAAACGCUUAGCGAUUGCGAACGGAUUUGCUCACCUCAACCGCCAUCCUUCGCUUCUGUCAUCAAAACGACAUUUGAACCGACGCGGCCACCAGCGCCUAUUACAGCUGCUCCUAAAGUUCUCCAUCCUAUAGAGGAGGUAGGUGAUGAAACAUCACAAACAAUCGACGAAGAAGACCUGGACUACGACAAGGAGCUGUUUGAUUCUUUGUCAUCCUCUACAUCCCCCGCUGUGAUCAGUCCAGGAGUUAGCAACUCAAUAGAUAACCGAGUUGGAGUGAUUCCACGAACUGCUCCGCUUCCACCCAUCCCAGAAGGUACUCAACGACCCGGCACAGAACCACAUCCACCAGCAGUACAGGCUGCCAAGACAGUUAUUCACGAUGAACAACCAGUGGAACUUCCCACCAUCAACGUUAUUAGUGAUGAGAAGAAAAAGGAAGUAUACAAGGCGGAUCCACUUCCCAGCAAACCAGACACAUCUACUAAUGAGGCUCUGCCUAUCGUUGGCGCCAGCCCUCCAAUGUCUGUCAACUAUCAAACUGGCGAGGUAAAGAAUAAAGCGAGCGGAAUACGAACGUUCCAUGAAAGCACUGGAGUUCUUACCGUUGAGGACUUGGAUCUGACCGAGGGAGAUCCAUCGAAAAGGCGCGAUUCUUUGUCUUGUCCCAAUGGCUUGCAAGAAAUUAGAUACGCUGAUGGACGGCCGGUGAUGUGUCUUCCAGGAAAAAAUCAGUGCCCAGAAAAUGCUGUAUGCUAUUUCAACGGUGUAGACUUCUUCUGUUGCCCGAAUGAAGAGGACCCAUAUGACAAACAUAUUUUUGGAGGCUAUGAUGGUGAAGAAACAAAGCAUGGCUACAAAGUGUUUGGACCUUUGAACAUCCGUCGUCUAAUGGAUGACGUCGUCCCAAGCCGGACUCGAAGACAAUCUAUUUCGGACAGGCGGAAGAGGCAGACUUCAGCAGAUAACGUCGUCAACACCUCGUUCAACAUCGAUUCUGUUAUUGCUCCAUUGAGAUUUGACGAUGAAAAACCACGACAAGUCUCCCGAGCUCAACGAAUGCGUACAAAACCAGUUCCACCCAAUCAUGGCAAUCCAAUAUGUAUCGAACCUCCUGUUACCGGUGAUUGCGGGGCUGCACACUUAAGAUACUACUACGAUCGCGAUUCUGACUCCUGUCGGUUGUUCUACUACACCGGCUGCAAGGGCAACAAUAAUAACUUUGGUAGCAUCGUUGACUGUCAAAGAUUGUGCAUUCUCGGAGGACAACGUCCUCGAUCAGAGAGUGGUACAUCACCGCUCCCCGCUCCUGCCCAACUACAUCCUGGGCAGUGUCCAGGUAGUAAGGCACCACUUGGUGGUUCUGCUCCAGUACUUUGUGGUAAUUCGAAUGAUUCUAUCGGUUGCCCGGCUGGAUUCACCUGCAUCACUGGUCCACCGGAUGUGUGUUGCCCGAACACGGAGCCAGCACAAAAAGAGGAAAAGAAGCCAGUGAGAUUUGCACCUGAGGUCCCCGGAGUGCCUAGAGCUCAUAGUCGCAAGGCUCACCUAACCACACCAAAAUUCAUGUGUCCUGAUGCUUCCGACCCUCUAAUGGGAUCAAACCAUGAGCCAACUCCAUGUGGGGCAGGUUUUGAUGGGAUGAAGCUAUGCCCGCAGGGAUUUUACUGCGCUAUAGAUGCCGAAAAACAAUCACGAAUGUGCUGUCCACUGUAUGGCGCAGCUGAACGGAUUCCUUCCGAGCAAGUUCUUGCUCCAUACUUCGGACGUCGAUCAUCCAACCCUGGAGAAGUGCUUGAGCGCGGUUCGCUUCCUUCAGAUCAAACUGAAUUCGCAAGCAGAUCUCAAUCAGUUCAGAGCAACAUUGAAGUGACUACAGCCAGCGUCGAAGAAGACAUCGGGGAUUUCGGUGAUGAAAGUGAAGAGGAAGAAGAGGAUAGUAUGGCACAUCUAAUGCUGAAACCAGUAGAAACAUCUCCAGCAAGCAAUGCCGACACAACUUCCAUUCCAACAGCUCCAACUGCUGAAACUGUUACCGUGAAUACUGUUGCUGUUCCUAAUGAAGCAGAAAACUUGAAAACUGAAGAAAGUACCAUAAGUAAGGAAGCUGUCGACGACGCAUCAAUUUGUCAGAUCAAGCCAUCAGAAGGACGUGCUUGUCGCGAUAAUGAGAAACCUCCUCGAACAAAUUUGCAUUACUUCUACUCAGCAAAGGAUAGACGAUGCAAAUUGUACUUCUAUCGUGGUUGUGGUGGAAAUGCGAAUCGUUUUGAGAAGAAAGCAGAUUGCGAAAAACUCUGCUUACAUUAG